AUAUGUAUAGGCCAUGACAUAUGUGUUUUAAUUCUCUAUGCAAAUAACAAGAACAAUGGCGGGACAGUUGCCUGAAAAGUACAUGGAUCAGCUGGAGUCCUGGAUCGGCACAGGACCAAAGAUCUUCACCUUGCUCUACAAGAUAACCAAGGAUGGAUGUAACCCUGCAACAUUUCACCAGAAGUGUGCUAAUCAGGGACCCACCGUUACUGUUCUGUACAACCAACAGGAUUCGGUCUAUGGGGGAUAUGUUAGUGCACACUGGAACAGUGGUGGCGCUUGGGUGCAAGAUGCGAAUGCCUUCUUGUUUCAACUAAAGUAUUCAGGCACUGAUACAUUUACCAAGUUUCCUAUUCGCGAAACAACAUAUGCGCUAUACGGAGGCAAAACCUAUGGACCUUUGUUUGGUAUGGGACACGAUCUGUUGACAUUCCUAAACACAGUUAACAGCUCAGGUGGUUAUUUCGCUUUAAAAGGUCAAAUGAAAUUUGGUUGUUACAACAACCAAGAUCUAUCUGCAGAUCAAGUCAACAAUGGCAACAUGAACGUCACUGAGCUAGAGGUUUACAGAGUUACAGAUGGGCAGCGCAAUAGGACUCCAACACAACCGUGGAGAAAAACUCCUGAAUGGAAUGAAAAGUUCCUUGAAAAGCUUACCGAGGACAUCGUAUCGUUCAAACCCUCCUGUGAGUUUGGACUGUCAGAUGUCCGUAUCCUGAUGCUGGGUCCAGUAGGGGCGGGCAAGUCCAGCUUCUACAACACCAUCAACUCGGUGUUUAAGGGUCGCAUCUCGCAAAGGGCUCCAUGUAGGAUCGCCACACAUGGCAUAACACUUGCGUAUACCCCUUAUGAAGUGAAUGUGCGUUCUGGAGCGACUUUGAAUUUCCGGCUGUGUGACACACGUGGCCUGGAGGUCACUCAGGGUAUUGACAAUUUUGAUUGCAGCUACUUACUGAAUGGAAACAUCCCGGAUUAUUAUGAGUUCAACCCAGCCCCUCCUCCAAUCAUCCCCGACAAUCCCGGGUUCGUGCAUCAACCAAGGGUUACAGAAAAGAUUUACUGCGUUGUGUUUGUGAUCGACACUGCAACUGUUGGCGACAUUCCACCGAAACUGGUCAAAAAGAUUAACAGUUUCCAACGAAUUGUUAAUCGUAAAGGAAUUCCACAAGCCGCUCUUCUGACAAAAGUUGACCUGGCGUGUCAGGAUGUUGCUGGUAAAACCUCCAAUGUUUUCACGAGUAAGAAGAUUGAAGCCGCGGUGGACAAGGUAUCUGGUCUUCUCGGGUUGCCUAGAAACAACAUACUUCCGGUGAAAAACUACGAGAAUGAGAUGCAGCUUGAUGACAACAUCAGCAUCCUGUCGUUGCUUGCACUGCGGCAGCUACUGCACUUUGCCGAGGAUUACAUUGAGAACCUUCAGGUGAAGAUGAAAGCGCUCAAACUGUCUUCUCAAAGGCUUGCAAAAAGUGGUCUCUCAGAGAAAAGCAGUGACUUUAUAAAAGAAUAACUAACAAAAAAUUAGGACCUUUCCGUUCCAAGUAAAUUCGACCUCUCUAUAUUUACAAUUUAGAACACAACGAACAGUGUACAUUGGUUGUAUACGUUAGUAAAUACCUUUAAAUGUUUUUGAAAAUAAAGACGACGUGAAGCUGACGUGUUACACAAUACUAGAAGCAACACUCAUAUCCUUAUAGGUUAAAUGUUCGUAGCUUUGUUGCAUAUCCUUCGUGCAUGCUUCUAUAUUUCUUAUCUUGCAUGUACGCUAACACGUUUGGAUGUUGAACACAUAUUUUAUUCAACCAAUGCCUACUGCUAACACAGCUUUGAUUAUUUAGCGAACGCUUGCAAAAAAUAACAAUUAGAUGUAUUGUGUUUAUUAAAUAUAUGCAAUAGUGAAUUUUUUCCGCAUUUUGAAUUUAUAAAUAAUUUAAGCCAUACAAAUGUAUUUAAUGAAAAUGUUUUAAUGUAAAUAUUAAGGAACUGUUCUUAAUCUAGCCUGUUAUAUUGUGGGGCUAAAACAAAUAAUUAAACUACAAACAAAAUACAAGAGAUAUAUUUUUUUAGAACAAUUCUGUUGUCUGAUUUGAGAACAUAUGCAUUUAGACCUUGUCAUAUGAGGUUCUUAAAUAUCUGAUAUCAAAAGGUUAAAUACGGUUAGAAACACAAAAUUGUCAAAUGACCACGGUCUUUUUCCUGUUAGUUUAUUUAAGAAUGCU